AAGAGAGAACGGGGUUUUUGGAGGAGAGACUAGCGGGGAGGAGUCGAGGGGGUUUAGUAGAAAUGGCGAAGUCCUGUAAGGGCCUUGCUAUGGAACUCGUCAAGUGCCUCAGCGAAUCCGAUUGCGUUAAGGUUGAGAAGAAACCUUUCAGGGAAUGUGCAAAAGAAAAGAGUCCAUUAAUUCCCAGUGAAUGUGUAGGACUAAGGGAAACUUACUUCAAUUGCAAGAGAGGACAGGUGGACAUGAGAGCUCGAAUUCGGGGAAAUAAGGGCUAUUAAUUGGUAGUGCCGGUGCGAAUUCCACAUAUGGGAAGUAUGAUAUGUUCCUGACUGGGCUGCAUGUGUUGUACUUGCAGUGUCUUUGUACAGAUUGCAAUCGACAAUUUUCUGAGAGAUGGUACACACACAAGCUUCUUGGACACAGUUUACUUGACAGACUUUGUAUUUGGUGCUUUGGACACUUCUUAAUUUUGAAUAACGUUGAUAUUGGAUGAGAAGUUGUGGAAGAGAGUUUAAUUCUCACUUCUCAUCAUGAAUGAUUAAUCUGUUUUUCUUUCACUGAUGUGCCAUGUUGGAGAGACGAUUUGUCUAUCUAUUUCUUAAUAGAAGUUCUUGCUCUGAUUAUA